CCAAAAGCACUUAUAUCUAAUCCCUUAUAUCUAGUACUUCGUGGAGUGAUUCUUACUACUUUAGUAAGUGAUUCUAAUCACUUGUGGCUAUAGUGAGAAAACGUGAGCGGAAGCCUAACUGAUUUUAUAAACAUUAUUACAUUUUUAUUAUUAAAAACUUCUGGCUCUAUUGGUAGCACCUUUGUUGUAAUAAUCUAGGGCAAUCUAUGCAAUUUACAAUCUCUAACGAAAACACGUUGCGUUAAAGUUGAUAGGUUUUUAUCUUCAGUACAAAAUUAUAAUGGAUAAAAAAUUUGGAAAAAAGAGGAGAAAGAAGCCGGGGAAAUUGGGAAUGGUUCCAGUGGAUGAAAAUGUACCAUUACCGCUUCAAAGACAAUCUGAUGAUAUAAUUUUAAAAAAAAACAAAUGGAUUAACAAGGACAGAAUUUUGGUGUUUGCGGGCAGGGGUAUUAGUUAUCGAGAUCGUCAUUUAAUGAAAGACUUGAAGACACUUAUGCCUCAUCAUAAGGCAGAAUCUAAAAUGCAGCGUUCUAAAACGUUGGCAGUGAUAAAUGAAAUGUGUGAAAUGAAACAUUGCAAUAAGUGCAUAUUUUUUGAGGGCAGACUUAAACGAGAUUUAUUUAUGUGGAUUUCUAAUAUAUCGUUGGGGCCAUCGGCUAAAUUUUUAGUAGAAAAUAUUCACACAAUGGCAGAAUUGAAGCUCACAGGAAAUUGCUUAAGGGGAUCUAGACCUUUAUUGUCUUUUGAUGCGAAGUUUGAUGAAAUCCCUCAUCUUAAACUGCUUAAAGAGCUAUUGACUCAGACAUUCGGAGUACCUAAUUUUCAUCCAAAAAGUCAACCUUUCGUUGAUCAUGUGUACACAUUUACUCAUUUAGAUGGACGAAUUUGGUUUAGAAAUUUCCAAAUUUUAUCUGAAGAUGGCGGAGUAGUUGAAAUCGGGCCCAGAUUUGUAUUAAACCCUGUGAAAAUUUUCGAAGACUCCUUUACUGGCAUUGCUUUGUGGGAAAAUCCUGAUUACGUUAGUCCUGCUAAACAGCGACAAAUUUUCAAAAAAGCUGUUAAAGAGCGUUACGUUAAUCGAGUGGAACAAAAAGUCCACCAUGAAACAACUUUUCCCAAAAAUGCUUAUGAAAGUCUCGCUUAUGAUGAAAUAUUCGAGGAUAACGAUCCGAUAGAGACCGCAAAAUUGUUGGAAGGUAAGGCAAAGGAAAAGCGAGUUGAAAACGCGAAGCGGGAAAAAAUUACGAAAAUCUCGAAAGAUUCCCUAACAAAGAAAAUCGAAGAAAAGCAAAUACAAGUAAUUAGAGGAGUAAUAGCGAAAAGAAAAAAUGCUGCUAAAAACAAACGAAAGGCUUGAGUAAAUGUAGUUAGUCUAUUA